GCAGGUUCCGUCCUGCGGGGGGAGGGGCAGGCAGAAGCCAGGAUCAAGGACCUGAGUAGAAGAUGGUUCUCGCCAUGCUGGGGGCUCUGUACCCCAGGGCCCGGCUGAGCCUCUUCCUCCUCUACCUCUUCCUGGCAGCUGCCCUCCUCCGCCCCCAGCCGCUCAGGCCUCAACGAUCUGUUCCCGAGGAAUUUUCAGUCCCCCUGGAACUCUCGCAGCCGCUUUCCGGCCUGGUGGAUGACUACGGGGUCCGACCGAAGCACCCAUGGCCACGAGGGCCUCGACCCCUCCUCUCCCAGGCCCAGCAGCGCAAGCGGGACGGGCCAGACAUGGCUGAGUAUUACUACGACGCACACCUGUGAUGGGCGCCCCUUAUAAAGUUAUUCUGUGCAG